CUAUGAGAUUGAAGGUUGUGAAGUGAUCUGGGCCAUCAAAGACAAAGCGAUCGGGAACACCUUCUUCGAUGCAGGGGCAGCUCAGUUCCUGAUUCCAAAGCUGAGUGCGGAGAAGCCGGAGCCUCCCAUCGCUUGCAAGAGGACAAAAUACACAAUGGCAGAAACCGAGAAGGAAGCAAAAGCUGAAGCAGAACCGGGGAAGACAGGCAGUGCCUUGGGUCCCGAUUGGCACGAAGGCUUACAUCUCAAGGGAGCAAAAGAGCUGUCCCAUAAAGUUCACAUUGAAAGCCUGUGCGAAAUAAAGAAAAUCUACCUCCCAGAAGAGUUCCAGAGGUCACGGAAGGUAUCCUUGGCUUUCCCGAAAGCUCAACCGGAUGAGGGGAACGCAGGACCAGAUCAAGAACUGUGGCCGGUGUAUGCAGAACUCUCGAAUGGGAAGGUGUACGGCUGCGACUUCAUCGUCAGUGCCACUGGAGUGGUUCCGAACGUCCAGCCGUUCCUCGAGGGCAACAGCUUUGCUCUGGGCCAAGACGGAGGUUUAAAGGUGGACAAAGAGAUGUGUACUUCGCUACCGGACAUCUACGCAGCAGGGGACAUCUGCACAACAUCAUGGGAGCCCAGUCCAGUAUGGCAGCAGAUGAGGCUCUGGACGCAGGCCAGGCAGAUGGGAUGGUACGCGGCGAAAUGCAUGGCUGCUGGUGCUUUAGGGGAGCCCGCCGAAAUGGACUUCAGCUUUGAACUCUUUGCUCACGUUACAAAGUUUUUCAAUUACAAGGUGGUGCUGCUGGGAAAAUACAACGGUCAAGGGCUGGGAUCAGACCACGAACUGAUGCUGAGAUGUACCAAAGGCCAGGAGUAUGUCAAAGUGGUGAUGCAGAACGGGCGGAUGAUGGGAGCUGUGCUGAUUGGCGAGACUGACCUGGAAGAAACUUUUGAAAACCUGAUUCUAAAUCAGAUGGAUCUUUCGCGCUACGGGGAAGAUCUCUUGGAUCCAAACAUAGACAUCGAGGAUUACUUUGACUGAACUUCUGAAAAUGUUGCUGUCUGACUCUUUACAUCUGGUUAGCAGACCAGGCUUUGAGAACGGGUAUCGCCUGUGUGAACAACAGACAUACAUUCAUUCAUUUAUUUAUUUCAUUCAGUUUGUAUCCCGCUCACCCCCUUAGGGCUCUGAGCGGCUUACGUGUUUCAACACAUGUAUGACUGUGGUUACCUUGAAAUGGACACGAGGAGAGCAUUCAGGUGAUGAUGGUAUGCAACUGCAAUAAGGUUGGGCAUUUGGGGGGGGUUUGAAGGAAAGUGCAUACACUUUAUAAGAUUUCAGACAUGGACUUCUUACUAUAAUUUACAAGUGCGGUAGGGCUUAAAUAUGACACAGUUCUUGAGUGAGGCCUUGAUAGCACUGCAAACUGGGUGUAGCCGUGGCUGGGACCAGAGCCUAUUCCAGAGCAGGCUGCAUGCCGGUUAACCGGGUGUUGGAUAACACCGCUUUGCUGCGUUUAAAACAUUACUGAAAUUAACGGGAUCUCCAAGUGCCCAUAGCUAGAUCAUGCCCUGUUCAUCUAGUAUGCCUAGUUUUUUUAAGGCCCACCCUGCCUCCUUCUCCUAUAGCUGCUGUUCUCUGUUAUUGUCCCACCCAGCUAAAGUAAAUUGAGGGGUGUGUUCCCAGUGUGGAUGGAGCCACUUAUGUGGUUCUGUCCCAGCCAAUCUGCAGCCUCCCUGUUGGUGGAGUGUUGAACCCCUCCUUGGGAAGUAAUGGAAUGACAAAUGAGAUCGUGCUGCCUGAGCAAAAGGUUUAAGCUCGGAUGACAAUCUAAACUUCAAAUGAAAGCAGAUCCUGGAAAAUAAAAAAAUG